GAAAUCUCGCGUCGCGUGAUGCCGAAAACCCUGUAUUAUGUGAAGCGACCGAUAUCUACUCCGGAUCGCACGUCCGCGUCGUGAUUAUGAUGGAUUUUCUUGACCUCCGUCGCGAUCCUCGCGUCUACCAUAAUGCCGCUCUCGGUGAUUGUUUUCACGUGGAGGGACAGCACGUCCGGAUGCUGAAUCCAGUAUCUCCGCGGAGUUCGACGUUUGAUCUGACGUCUUCGACGCAAUCGACAGAUGUUCACGGCUAAUGCAAAAAUAAUUAAAAGCGGCGGGGCUGAGCCCGACCAGUUUGAGGCGAGUAUCUCCAAUGCUCUUUUAGAAUUGGAAAUGAACAGUGACCUGAAAUCGCACUUGAGGGAACUCUACAUCACCAAGGCGAAAGAGUUGGAGACUAACAAUAAAAAGUCUAUCAUCAUUUAUGUACCGAUGCCAAAACUGAAGGCUUUUCAAAAGAUCCAAACAAGGCUAGUGCGUGAGUUAGAAAAGAAAUUCUCUGGCAAACACGUCAUGUUCGUUGGUGAACGUAAAAUCUUACCAAAGCCAACGAGAAAGACCCGUACGAAGAAUAAGCAGAAGCGUCCUAGGAGUCGAACAUUGACUGCGGUGUACGAUGCUCUGCUGGAGGAUAUCGUAUAUCCUGUAGAGAUUGUGGGCAAGCGAAUUCGAGUAAAACUUGAUGGCUCGCAAGUUAUUAAAGUUCAUUUAGAUAAAAAUGAACAAACAAAUAUUGAGCACAAGGUUGAUACGUUUGCUUCGGUGUACAAACAACUGACGGGACGAGAUGUAACGUUCGAAUUUCCGGAAUCUUAUGUAUGAUUUAUUAAAUAUUAAAACAUUUGAACAAACCUA